CUGCCGGGCCUGGGGCCUCCCUCAGCCGGGCCGGGGCAGCGGGACCUCCCCCUACUUCCUCCUCCGAGCCCCGGCAUCCCGCGGGGCGGAUGGCGCGGGGGGCUCCGGGGCUGAGGGAGCGCGGCGGGGGGCGGGCAGGGGAAGGGCCCGGCGGGAGGCAGCGGCUGAGCCCGGGGAGCGGCGCCGGCUCUGCCCACCCGCCAGCGCCGAGGAAGCAACAGCGGGGCUGCCCGAGGCCGGUCCUCCGGGAGAAGGGUCCCGGGGGGCGCUUAAAGGGGUUUUGGGCCGGGGGACGCGCCGGAGCGGCUGGGGGGCAGCGCGGCCGCGGUGCCUGGGCCCGUGGCCCGGUGAGGGAUGGUUCCACCGCCGGGCAGCGAGGGUCCAUAAGGCUGGCGGAAAGGGGCAGGGAGCAAAGCGGGAGCCCCCGAGGCUUCGGCACAGCAGGGUCCGACAGCAUCUGGGGAGCCGGGGUCGGAGGGGUGCGGAGCUGCUGGAAAGGGGCUCGCAAAGGCUGGAGGUGAGCGACAGGGCCUGAGCAGCGGGAGAACAGGGAGGUGGGGAGAGAGGGAAUGGCAGAGGUCUGGGGAAGGCGGCGGGAAUAGUUCGGCUGGGUGUCUGGGACCAGGAGAACCACCUCGCUGAGGGAGCGGGCAGGUGAGGGGGGCUUGUGCUCUGGUGCCUGGUGGAACACCCCUGCUGCCUCUCCCAUUGCGACGCCAUGUUUGGCUUGGUGCGUUGUGCCAAAACAUUACUGCCGCCGCUCCACCAGACUUAUGGUUGGUGAUGCCAUUACCUGUCCAGUCUUGACACGUCCUUGAAAUAUCCCCAUCCUGUCCUAAUGGUUUUCAUGGCACAUCCGCCUUCAUUUCCAUCACAAGAUCCUUGUGGUGACCACGACGUGGGAAAAGGACGCUGGGAAGACAUCGAGGUAGCUGGCUGCCCUGUCACAGGAUCUCAGAACACCGCUAGCUGAGACAGCUUCUGUUCGACGGCAGGGCUUCGCUUUCAGGGUAUUUCAGCGUUUUGCGUGAGGAAGGUGCAUCUGGCCUGCCAGCCAUCCCAUCUAGAAUGGCUUGGUCUUGGCUGCACUGAUUGUCCCCAGCAGUGCAGGAGAUUACCCAUGUGUCUUGUCCUCUGUUCAUUUUUUGCUCUUUCAGGUCCAUAGCUUGCAGGAUGAAUCCGUUUCCAUCCAUACCACUUCCCUCUGGCUACAGCUGGGGUUUGUAGAAAAUGGACCCAUGUCAAGUAGUAUGGACAAGGCAAAGGAACAAGGAACGCUUCUCUCACUGAGUCUGAAAUACAUGUUAAACUAGCUCAGGAAACCACGUUAGUUGUUAAAGCAGUAACACUGGAAAGGGAAACCUUCCCUCUUUUUCCUCACUUUCUUGCAAGUGCAGGUUUCAGCCUGAAGGGUUUUCUCUGGACAAGCAAUCUGCCUUGCACUGGAAAACAGCUUUUUCAGUGCAAAAAGCUCAGGCCCUUCCUGUGCCUGUGUUUUCUAAAACAUGGCCGUUGCUUUGUUCCAUGUGCUCAAAAACUUGAGGCCAGAAUUAAGGAGGGAGUCCUGGAGUUAUCCAGAAAUACAAACAUGGGAGUGAGUAAUUAGUCAACCUCCGUGUAACUCUUGGGAGGAAAAUUAUUCUCAUGCCUGAGAAGCAGAGACUAGUGGAAGGAAAGCAGCUGCUGGGAAACGUAAAGAGCGAUUAAAGGAAUUUAAUCUCCCUUUGUUUUUUCCCUGCGGUUAAACGGUCCAUGGAUGUAGGAGCCAUUUUCCAGCAUCGUGCUGCACUGCCAAAAUAAAUGGAGUUCGUCACUGUGACCUUUCAUGGUGAUCAAAACUGUCACCAGCCAUAGGAGCAUCUACACCUUGGCCAAGAACCGUUCUUGAUCUUGGAGAUGCCUGGUAGUGCCUCGCUGUUGCUGUGUCUUUCUGACAGGUGUAAUGAUGUUGCUUUUUCUGCCUUCUCGGUGACGGUUGGAUUUGAAGUGUCGGACUGCAGCCACCUCACCUUCAAACGGAAUAACUCCACAUCACGUGGCAUCGGCAAUCAGUGUAAUCAGGAAUAUUCUGUCAUCAUUUACAUAUUUAAGCCAGACUCGCCUUUCUUCCCUACUCAUUUGACUUUGACUCUUGUUUCCAUGGUCUUCUGGAUUUGUAAAUAAUCUGAGGGAUCUUUCAGUUUCACGCGUGUUUAAAUUUGGGUGUGGAAUGGGCUGUUUGCUUUGUCUGUCACUUGUCUCUUCUUUUCUCAGUCCAAACACGGCAAUACUAGUUAUUUUAUGGUGACUCCAGCUCACAGCAGUUCCCACUUGCUCUAAUGCUACCUUAUUGCUUUGGGGAAAUAAACUCGUGAUUAGUUACUGAGUUGUCAUCCUGUCAUACUGACUAUUACUCUUCAUUUCAGCACCUGGUCAUUAAUGUAAGAUCUCUCCAUUCCUGAAGUAUUCUUGGCAUCUUUUCAAGCCAUCCCAUCCACUGCUAACAGUUUCAGUCUUUGUUUUCAUAAUCCUUUGCGUGCAGCUCCUUAUUGAUCCCCAUGCGAAGGAGGCGCAAUCAAUAUACAGAUUAUUGUCUCAGGAGGGAGAGUUCUGCAGAUCGCUCAAGACUGCAGGGAGUAAGUGUAGACCUCACCCUUCUCCUUUUUGUGAAACCGGAGUUGUUUGCUUGGAAGGAUUUAUCCCAGCAGGUUUUGUACUAGGUCACAUUCCAGCAAGGCGCAACAAAGGGGCAUUGACACUUUCCUGAGUUACAAAGCCGUUUCCCGUGCACACAGUCACUGGGCUCUGCUUGCAGCCAGACAAAGUGGUUUCCAGUGGGGUUAUCUUGCUGCUAAUAAUCAGAUGCUGAGGGAUGGUGAGCUGCAGCGCAGUGUGCGCUCCAGUUGACUGAAGGCAUCCUCUUUUCACCAGUUCUCGUAGAGGAAGGAACAAGAAUUCCACAGGUGUUUCACAGAUUCUUUCCCUUCCUCCCUCUCCGUCCUUUUCUCAUAUGACAAUAUCUUCUGCUGCCUUCCAGGCCAACCGUUAUCUUAGUGGUAAUUAUACCGGCAAAAUAGCUGCCUCUCUAGUUGCUAUGGAAUUUGCAAUAUAUGUGUUGAUACCUGAAGAUGCUAACUUGGGACCCAAAGUCUGGGGUGGCUGUUUUGGUGUAUGCUUUGCUCUGGUGUUAGAGGAUGAAUUUCGAUGUGAAGCUGCACUGUGUUUCCUUAAAUAAGUCUUAGGAACCUCGUACUGAAGCAUUGUAGUGCCCUGGCUCCCACUGAGUAAGUGAGGAGCAAUGGUGCACGGCUGAGAUUAUUAAUGGCUGAGGGUCAUAAAGAGAUGUCAUUGGUGACUGGGGGACUGACACUGUGAUUUUCUUCUGCAGUCGGAUGCUCUCAGUCACCCAAAGGCAUCGGUUAAUUACCUGCUUGCUCCCUACCUAGGCUGAACUUGAUGAGCAGCAUUUCCAUGCACAGCAGCCCAAGGAGCAGCAGAUGUUCUGGGUUGUUUUCCAGGCCUCAGCCCAUUCUGCUGCCUGAACUUCUGACCGAGCACUGAAUGCCAGAAAGCAGGCCUCGGUUGGCCGGCAGAGUCCGAGGGUGGUGCCAUACCCAGCCCACAGUCUAUGUCCUGGAGAGCCUGGCCUUCAGAGUGCAGCAGUUGUGUCAAUGGGCUCAGCUGAUCAUCGACUGAACCUGGCAGAGAUCCUUUCACAGAAUUAUGGUGUACGGGAAGAAAGGGAAGAAGAAGAUGAUACUCAGGAGAAGCAGAAAUCUUUAGAAGAGCUGGAGAAGAGUAUCAGUGCCUCUCAGAACAGUGAAAUGCCAUUUGAGGAGCUGCUUGCACUUUACGGCUAUGAGGCAUCUGAUCCCAUCUCGGAGCAGGACAGUGAGAGCAAUGACAUUACUCCAAACCUCCCAGAUAUGACUCUGGAUAAGGAACAAAUAGCGAAGGAUUUGCUUUCAGGGGAAGAAGAGGAGGAGACGCAGUCUUCAGCUGAUGAUCUGACUCCAUCCGUCACGUCCCACGAUGCAUCAGACCUAUUCCCAAACCAGCCUGGCUCAAACAACUUCCUUGCUGAUGAAGACAAAGAACCCUGUUCAUCUCCAUGUGCUUCCUCCAUGGCUGAGGAUUCAGAGGAGGAUUCCAUCCCAUCCAACGAGUGUAAGAAGGAGAUCAUGGUUGGACCUCAGUACCAAGCCAGUGUUCCCAUCCUCCACUUAAGCAGGCAUGGUGAGAAAGCCUAUGAGAACGAAGAUCAGCUGCUUUGGGACCCAAACAUACUCCCCGAGAGAGAGGUUGAAGAGUUCCUGUACCGUGCGGUGAAGCGGCGAUGGGAGGAGCUGUCUAGCAGCAGCCUGCCCGAAGGAGAGAUGGUGAAGGACAACGAACAGGCUUUGUAUGAACUGGUUAAAUGCAAUUUCAAUGCAGAAGAGGCACUGCGGAGGUUACGGUUCAACGUGAAGGUUAUCAGAGAUGAGCUUUGCGCCUGGAGUGAGGAAGAAUGUAGAAAUUUUGAACAUGGCUUCAGGGUCCAUGGGAAAAACUUUCAUCUUAUCCAAGCAAACAAGGUCCGCACCCGGUCAGUGGGUGAGUGCGUGGAGUAUUACUACAUGUGGAAAAAAUCAGAGCGCUAUGACUACUUCACUCAGCAGACUCGUUUAGGAAGGAAGAAGUACGUCCUCCACCCUGGAGCCACGGAUUACGCUGACAAUGACUUGGAUGGGGGUGAAGUAGAAAACGCCAGUCGUUCUCGGAGCUCCCCACCGAUUCCCUCUGCGACUGGCUGCCUGGAUUCUCACUUCGGUCAAGAUCAGCUAGCAAUAGAGAGCACAGAGCCCCUGAGCGUGGAGAGCACAGCCUGCAGCCUGGGCAGCAUGAGUGAGUCGGGGCAGGGCUACGAGUGCAGCACUCCUUCGGAGACGAAUUGUUCCUUCGACCCCACGGAGGAGACGUCCUCAGGCGCCAUCUCGGCUCCCUGCACACGACAUACUGUCAACCCCUCGGAGUCGGGGCUCUAUGCUUUGCCGCCGUCAGGACCAGGACUAGCGGAGAAGCAGGAGACGUUGCAGAGCUCUGGUGAGACGAUAACCAUGGACUUCACUCUCCCUGCAGACAUUAACGAGGGUUUGCCUUUAAUUGCUGGCCCUGUGGAUUUGGACAGAGACCCAGAGGCAGUGGUGGCCCCUGCGCAAGUGUCCUUAUCGGUCACAGAUUUUGGCCUCAUUGGCAUCGGAGAUGUAAAUAGUUUUCUGACUGCUCACCAGGCUUGCCCGGCACCUGUGGCUCGGUCAGAGCCUCUGUCACAGUGAGAGUCUCCAGUCACAAACUUGUCACAGACCCAGCAAGGACUUUGACCUGACUGAGUGAAAUCCUGGAACUUCCGCUGUUCCGCAGGGACAGUUUGGAGCUGUUGGUCAGAAUCCGUCUUUCCAUCCUCCUUGAUCCAAGGCUACAGUGAAACUAAAACACCUUUCUGCUCCAGUCUGUUCCGACACAAUCACGCAAAGCUGGUGGCUGGCUUUAGUGAGGGGGGCGCUCCGUCACCCGCCCCGUUUCGUUGACCGCGUGUCACCCCAGGUAAUGCCAGGCUGUUCAGAGAGUCCCUGCCCUUGGGACAGGGAAAACGUCCCUUGUCCCCGGCGGGACGGUCUGAGUGCAGAGAUGCUUUGAGAGCAGGGAUGUGUCGCUGGGACGGAGGAAGCAGUCUGGAGGUCCGAGAGCUGAGGAAACCCGCAGGGAGCACAGGUCCACCCAGGCCGCAGGGCGGUUUGCCUGCAGCGAGGGCCAUGGCGAUGCCAAAGGAAGAUGAGGGGUCUCGGCCCUUCCGCCACAGCGAGCGUGUUGCAGUAGAAGUCAUCCUCCCUCUUCCCCUCCCAACAGCUAUCCUGCGCUCCUGAGCCGUGGCUUGGGACGGGCGCCCACGCCGCUGUUGCCAAACCACGCAGCUCGGCGUGUCUUUGCCCGCUCUCCCGCCAGCUCCAGGUGCCUGGUCCGGCCCUUGGGCGGGAGCGUCAGGCCUCGGGAAGGGAUUCUGCGUGGUGCGGUAGCGCUCUGUGCGCUUAAGUCCUUCUCACCGUUCCCUCGCGGUGGCUGGGCCGUGCAGAAGUUGUAAAGGGAGUUUCUAGACCCCACGAAGCGACGUUGGCCCUCACGGCGGCGCGGUGCUGCCGCUUCUCUUACUGCUGGUGGGUGACUGAUCCUUGCUGACUGCUGCGGUGCAAGAGGGUAAAAUGCAGAUGAAAACAUCCGUAGCUUCCCAGCUCGUUCCGACCAUUCGUCAGCUGUGGGAGGAGGAGGUUGCUCGGCUCCCAGGCCACCAAGUCUAGGACGCCAGUGCCACCAGCGCGGUCCCAGGCAGGAGAGCGCAGCAGUCCCUGGGCAUCCCUGCCCCGUUCUGCGUCACAAAAAAAGCUCUCUCUUUUCUGAGAGGAAAGUAUGUCUUUACUGCCAUUAGCAAUGUUUCGAGGAGGUGACAGUGGUGGCCCCGCAUGGCAGCGAGGUGGCCGGCUGCGGUGCAGAGGGCCGCAGUGGCAUGUUCAUGGGUGUGCUUGGAGGCCGGAGCUGCUUCGUUUCCCGGGUGUGUUCCAGGUCUGGGGUUUACCGCUGGCCUAAAUCCACAUUCCCCUUUUUUUCCAUGCAGGGAAUGCCGUCUGCUGACUUGCUGGGCAAGGCUCUGGUGCAGAUGUUCCUUCCUCCAGCCAUUUUCUGCGUUUGGGAAGGGGUCUGGGUUGAGGUUUUUGCUUGUUUUGGUAGAAGCCUCGGGGCUGUGAUCCUCCAGUUGGUUCGGCUGCCGGUGGAUUUGGAAGAUGGCUAAAACUAUUAGCCUGGAUCCUCCUUUUACCCGGCCCUGUGAAGUUGUGCUGAGCCCUGCAGUGGGAGCCCGGAGACGGCACGGGCCAGCUUCGCAGGAUGGCAGGAUCAGACCUCGCCUCUCAUCUUCCAAGCCCCAGACCCGUGUUGGUGCCGUAGCAGGGGUUUGCUUUGGUCCCUGGCCAGCUCUGCUGCGAGGUGCUGAGCUCCAGCCACGCGCAGCUGCCUUCACCGGGCAGCGCUUUGUCAACCAGAAGACGCGGUGACCGGAGGUCUCCCCUCCAGCUGCUCUCAGCUGCUGGGAACGGAAAGCAAAUACGAGUGCCCGCUCCAUAGUGGAACUGCCCAGGCUGUGAUUCCCCUUUUCUGGGGGAGAGAGGAAGCUCCUUGGCUGGGAGGAGAAGAGGAGGCAGGGUGAGAGCACGGGCAGCCCUCCCAGGGAGGGCCAGGCCUUGGCAUCUCCUCUCCAUCAGCCAAGAACAUUCUUAGUUUUCCUGAAACCAUUAUUUUUUAUUUUUUUUUCCUUUGGUUUGUUUCAAGCCCUAAUGAAAGGAGAGGGGAGGCUGGGGGAGGCAGAAAUGCCUCUUAUUUAUGUUCUUCAGUGUUGUUUACAGAUUCGCAUGGGGUCUUUCAACAUGAGUGCGGCGCUUUUUCCACAUAACUUUUAAGGGAGAGGGGUGGAAAGGGCUGGGACAGGGAGGUCACUUGGGGAGGAGGUUUGGUUUUGGUUUUCUGUUGGGGUUUUCUUUUUCCUUCUUACAAAGCACAUUCACUUUGAGCCGUUCCCAAUGCUGGACUCUUUUUUUUUUUUUUUUUUUCCCCCCCCCCCCCCCUUCCCCCCCGCCCCAAGCCCUACACUGUGAAGUGAUACUGCCUUGAAGACCCCUUGACGUUAUUUAUUUAAUUAAAAACCUAAUUUGAAAGCGA